GCCCCAGCCGGGCGGGGGGGGGGGGAUGCUGGUGUCUCCACAGACGCUGCCCAGGCCUUGGUGCCCCGGAGAGGUCACUCCAGCUGGGCUCCAUCUCUGCCCAGGCGGCGGCUGCCUGGCUGGGGGCACUUCCCGGGUCUGCCUGCUGCUGAAGGAUCCAGUGGAUCCCCUGGUGCUGCGAGCAGCAGCCCCUGGGGGAGCAACGGCCCGGCAGCGGGGGCUAGCGGCUGGAGGAUGCGCUCCCCUCUGCCGGGCCAAGGUCACAGGAAACCCCGCCAUCACCCACGUGCUGCCCGUGGCGGGAUGGACUCCAACCGGGGACACUCCCCCGGCUGUGAUUGGCUCGGGCGGGCAGGGGCGCGGCCGAACUCUGCCCGCCCGGGAGCGGAUUGGCUGGGGGAGGAAGUGGGAGAGUCUGAACGUUCCAUCCUAGCGCGGGAGCCGCGGGCGGGCGAGCGACUGCGGGCGUCGGAGCGGGUGAUUGCAGGCCGGGGGACAAUCAAUCCAAAGAUGCUUCCAGGAGGAGGUGGCAGAGAGACGCGUCUUCCCGGCGGGCGCUUGUGUUCUAUAAACUCUCCCACCCUCCUCAUUUCAGACUGCAUUGAUGCCAGAGGGGACCUGGCCAUGGCUACCCCAACCAACCUCAACGGUGAGCUCCCGAGUGCUGAAAUCUGGCAGUCGCAUAACAAGAUGGUCCUGGAACCGCUCGAUACCAAUGACCCCGAGGUAUUCAACAUCAUCAAGAAGGAGAAGCAGCGGCAGAGGCUGGGCUUGGAGCUGAUCGCCUCCGAGAACUUUGCCAGCCGGGCUGUGCUGGAGGCCCUGGGCUCCUGUCUGAACAACAAGUACUCGGAGGGGUACCCAGGGCAGAGGUACUAUGGCGGCACGGAGUGCGUGGACGAGCUGGAGAGGCUGUGUCAGAAGAGGGCACUGGAGGCCUACAACCUGGACCCCCAGAAGUGGGGUGUCAAUGUCCAGCCCUACUCAGGGUCCCCAGCUAACUUUGCGGUAUACACGGCACUGGUGGAGCCCCACGGCAGGAUCAUGGGCCUGGACCUGCCUGACGGGGGGCACCUGACCCAUGGCUUCAUGACCGAGAAGAAGAAGAUCUCAGCCACCUCCAUCUUCUUCGAGUCCAUGCCCUACAAGGUGGAUCCCAGCACCGGGUACAUCGACUACGACCGGCUGGAGGAGAACGCCCGCUUGUUCCACCCCAAGCUGAUCAUCGCGGGGGUGAGCUGCUAUUCGCGGAACCUGGACUAUGCCCGCAUGCGGAGGAUCGCCACCGAGAACGGAGCCUACCUGCUGGCCGACAUGGCCCACAUCAGCGGGCUGGUGGCGGCUGGUGUGGUGCCCUCGCCUUUUGAGCACUGCGAUGUGGUCUCCACCACCACCCACAAGACGUUGCGGGGCUGCCGGGCCGGCAUGAUUUUCUACCGCAAAGGGACACGCAGCGUGGACCCCAAGACGGGCAAGGAGACGCCCUACAACCUGGAAAGCCUCAUCAACCAGGCCGUCUUCCCCGGGCUGCAGGGGGGGCCACACAACCAUGCCAUUGCAGGAAUUGCCGUGGCACUCAAGCAAGCCAGGACCCCCGAGUUCAGAGUCUACCAGCGGCAAGUGGUCGCCAACUGCAAGGCCCUGGCCGCAGCGCUGCUUGGCAUGGGCUACCACAUCGUCACUGGUGGCUCCGACAACCAUCUCAUCCUCGUGGACCUGCGCAGCAAGGGCACAGAUGGCGGCAGGGCUGAGCGGGUGCUGGAGAUCUGCUCCAUUGCCUGCAACAAGAACACCUGUCCGGGUGACAAGAGUGCCCUGCGCCCGAGCGGGUUGAGGCUAGGCACCCCGGCGCUGACCUCCCGGGGCUUCCGGGAACAGGACUUCCACAGGGUGGCCGUCUUCAUCCACAAGGGCAUUGAGCUGACGCUGAGGGUCCAAAGCGACAUGAGUCCCAAGGCGACGCUGAAGGAGUUCAAGGAGCACCUGGGCAAUGAAAAGUACCAGGGGCCACUGCAGGCCCUCAAGGAGGAGGUGGAGGCCUUCGCUGCGACAUUCCCCAUCCCGGGUCUGCCUGUGCUUUAAACCCCAGGCAGCCACUGUGCCCGGGUCCCAGCACCGCAAGGGGGACCACUGGGAUCAAGCCACUGCCACCAGGGCAGUGCCUCCCACCACGUGCCCUGCUGUAUCCCCCAUGGACCCGCCCCCCACAGGACCUCACCACCUCCUCCUACAGCCUAACGGUUAGCACUAUCAGCCCCCUGGAAGCUGAGCCUGUACCCACCUUCCCUGGCACUUUCAAGGGGCAGAAUCCAGGGCGCUGCCCCACACUCACGGGCAUGACCCAGGGAGUGGAAGAACCCACACUCAGACCCCAGUUCCCCAGCCGUAGUGCCCACAGACCCUGCACCCCUUUGUAACGGGUGGAAUCAGGGCCCAAGAUCUCCCUUCAUCUGACUUUUACCCGGCCAGCUUUGUGCUCCAGGUCGGGACCACCUGGGCUCACAAAGGUGCCAAUGCAGGGGGUUUGGGAACAACCUACACCGAUACAGGCAUGGGGCUGGAUGCUGAGCUGUGGUUGUGUCCUAUAAAGCUCUUCUCCGUGCAGCCCAAGCUAUAUACUCAUGCUUCCUGGGAGGGGCGCUGCUUAGCAGGGAUGCCUGCUUAUGCUCAGCAAUGUAGGGGAAGCAUUAGGAUUCCCCUACCUUUGCAUAGCAUGCCGGUUUCUGAGCAACUCAGCCACCUUCUGAGACCUUGCUGCUGGCAGGGGAGGACUGAUGCACAAGCUUAUGCUGUAUGUAGCUUCCCAGCUCUAUUUCCAUACGUCACUCCUGAGCCCAUCCUGCAGGGCCAGGCUCCCACACCAGCUUGCCCCUCCGUGGUAACCAGACACAAGAGCCUGCCUCAUAGUUCAGGAUCAUUUUUUAAUAAGCACAGUAAAAUUAGGAAUCGAACAUGAAGUACGACAAGAAUUCGAAGCUUUAAAAAAUACAACUGAGUUCCUCUUUGUGUCUCAAAAAAUAAUGGAACCCAAAUAAAUAGUUUGUUUAAAAGUA